GUUGACGUGGUGGCGAACGAUAUAAUCAUCGACGUCGUUGCACUUGCACGUUAGUAAUUAUUAUAAAAACAAAUUACCAUGUUGACUUUUUUUUGAAUUUUUUUUUUUUUUUUUAACGUUAUUACACCAUCAUUUGCCAUAUAAAACACGCGAACCACGUGCAUGAUAAAGACUAACACGUGCAAAAUAAUUUUGUAAACCACGGUGUAUGGGCACCUAUUGAGAGUUGUAAUGGGAUCGUGAUUUUCAAGAACAUUAAAAAAACACAGUUUACUAUAAUGAAUGAAUACAUGAACUAUUACGAAUGCCCCAUUUGCUUACACCACCGYCGUAGCCAGGUGUCAUUUCGYUUUUUCGAUUGUCACGUCACUGCUGCCGUCGUGUCCAUUCACCUACGAUAUUAACAAAGAAAUACUGAUAUGCAGACAAUCGUUAAAGCAGAUAACAAAAUGGAUUUUCCUUUGAAUUGGACUGAUAUAUUACUAAAAUCAAUAUCCGGUAAGACAAACUAUACAAUAGAUGUAAAAAUAGGAACUAAACGUAUUGCUACAAACCAUGAACUAAGAGACAUAACAAAAAAACGACGUAAACAAUCAAAUCCUACAAGGAUAUCUUCUAAUGAAGAAAAUACAAAAAAUGGAAGUGACAAAAAAAUAUUAUUUUCUAACAGAAACAAAACCGAAUUGAAUAAGAAUGAAGAAGUGGCAGAUUUGAAAUUAACUUGUCCCCAAAAUCCUUCGGCUUCUUUGCCUCUGAAUCUGACUAUAUCUGAAAACCAAAAACUUUCACCGAAUGUGGAACAAAAAAUUCACCUUUCUAAUGACAUACAACUCCAAAAYGACUCAUCUAUUGAAAUUUCUAAUGACCUAAGUUCUUCUUAUCAGACUUUUAUGAAAGGUAUGYCAAAUAUUGAUAAGAAAUACAACUAUUCGAAUGAAUCUACAACUUGUAUGAUGUCGUUUUCUAAAAACCAACCAUGCACCUCAGGCACGAAUGUUGGGUCGACCUCUAUUCAAAUAUUCAAUCCAGAAGCAUUUUGUGAUCAAUGUAACAAAGAAUUUUGUAACAAAUAUUUUUUAAAAACUCACAAGGCUAAUAAACAUGGUGUUUUCAGUGACAACCAUUUAAAUGGUUCCAGUUUAGAUCAGUCAGAUAGAAUUAAAAUAUCAACAUUCCCCAUGACUUGCGAUUUUUCUUCAAACAUUAAUGAUAAUUUUACUGGCGCUUCAACAUCAUCAUUGUUUAAAAGUCCAGUAUUGUUUUCUCAUUCAUCGGCAAAUACAAACACAUAUGUAUCAAAAAAUAUGAUUAACAACCAAACACGAGCGUUUUGUAGUAUAUGUCAGAAAGAGUUUUGUAAUAAAUAUUUUGUUAGGAGACAUAAAGCUAAAAUUCACGGAAUAACUGACGAUGGUGACUAUAAGAUAAAUGAUGAUGUCCCAUUAAACUUCAAAACAAAUKUACAGAUAAAAAAUGAAUUUUUAGAUUUUGUUGUCUCCGAUUCAUGUGAAAAAGCUGUUAAAACAAUAUCGCCUUCUCUUCACGCCAACGAAUCUAUAACUGAAAUUUCAAAAACACAUGAAAAAUUAUUCUUAAAAGACACUCAAGAAUUAGUAGAUAACGAAGAAGAACUUGUAAUGAAAUAUACUACAGAUGAAACCACAUACAAUAACAUUAAAGAUGAGAAUACAGAUGAUGAGCGAAAUUUAAACUACAUCAAUAAAUUAAAUAAUGAAUCAUGCGAUGUAAACGUUCUUCAAAGUAUUGAACUUAAAAGUAAUUCAAAUCAUAUUAUAAAUACGCAUAAUGAAAAGGCAGUUAUUCAAAAUGAUUUUUUCCAACCAAACACUAAAGCCAAUCAGCCUCAUACUGAAUUUAAGACUAACUUAAAUACCCCUCUUAACUUGAUGACAAAUGAUAUUGUAAAUGGUAAUUCGAUGAACAACGAUAUCGGAAAAAAAAUCAACAUCUUAAAUGAUGACCUUCCAGCUACCAUAACAAUUGUUGAAAAUGAAAAUAAAAUUGAUAAAAAUAUUGAAACAGAUGAAUCUAAAAUUGAAUUGGUGAGCAAAAGCAAGCUAAUUACAUUAAACAAUUUGUUUUUUAAAUUGAAUGGAAAUUCGUUGGAGAAUAUGUCAACAUGUUAUGUAUGCAACAUGCAAAUAAAUGGAUCAUUAAAAGCGCAUAUUUUCAAUGAACAUGAAAACAUCGUUCAUGAACUAAUGAAUGAAACUUUGGAGUCUAAUGAAAAUACACCAAUUGAACAUUCAUGUCAUGAAUGUCAUCAAAUAUUUAAUUCUUAUGUGUUGUUGAAAGAACAUGUCGAGCAAGGCGAGUGUAAUACCAAAGGCAUGGGUAGAGCGUCGGCUAGUAGCAAAAAUUCCGCAGAAAACGAGGAAUACAUUAACCACCAUACUAAAGAUUUGAAUGAAAGAAAGCAGACUUCCAUGUUAAGCAGUUUUUGCAAAAUAUGUAACAAAGAAUUGUGUAAUAAGUAUUUUAUGAAAACUCAUAUGCAACGGAUGCAUGGUAUUUCGAUUCAAAAUGGUAAUCAUAUUGGGGGAGUAGUGUGUGAUAUAUGUAACAAAGAACUUUGCAGUAAAUAUUUUCUACGAGUACACAAACAGAACUCUCAUGGUAUACUUGAAAAUGGGUCUUGCCAAAAAUACUGGGCAGAUUCGAUGACUGAGAACGGACAAUUGUCCGACGAACCUGAUAACGGUCAUAGGUAUUACAAGMACUAUACCGAAGUGUGCAAUAUAUGUCUUAGACGAUUCAGAAGUUCAAAGUGGUUGAGUGCUCAUUUAUUAAAUGAUCAUGGCUCUGAGGGAAAAACCCAAUGGAAGCACAUUCAGAAUCAUAUAGAAGAAGAAAAACAAAAUUUGCAAUCUAACAGCGAGUUGAAUGCUAGCUUAAGAGCAACUGGAAGUCCUAAACAAAAUCCAGCUGAGGAACAAAAUAUAAUAUGUGAUGAUACCAAAGAGUAUCGUUGUUCAUACUGUUCGUUUACCACGUCCAUUUUGUCGUUUCUUUUCGUACAUGAAAAGUUUCAUCUCACCGAAAAUAAAAUCACAAAGGACAUGCCAUUAACAUGUCCCACCUGCAGCGUGGCGUUUCGAAAUAAGACACAACUGGAAAAUCAUUUUACACAUUGCCAUUUCAACUCCGAUGCAAAGAAGUUACCCGUUUCGUACGCUUUGUUACAUUCAUCYGACAACACGCAAGUCACACAUAACAUAAAUGAAGAUUCGUCAGCAGAUAAGUCAUUGGACAAUAAUGGAAAUGACGUAUUCACCGACAAACUUGGAACAUCUAUCAAGCCGCAUCGAACAGAAAACGUAUCGCCGUCUAUAGGAAAAAAACACCAUAUUGCUGAAUCAAAUCACGAGCCGUUUAUAAUGCAGUCGUUUUUUCUUGAAAACUGUUCAGUAUCUCCAUCGGUCAAGAAGGAACUGAAUGGUCGCAGUGAUUCGUUUCAUUCGUCUCUAGUCUACUUACCAGUCAAGGAAAAGUUAACAUCAACUGUAAAUGUUUUCUUCAAGCUAACUCCUACAUAAUUAUCUGCAUUUUGAAGGUUAUGUGUAUGUGAAUUUAAUAUAUUMUAUAGCUCGUGACAUACGAUUGAGCAAACUAAAUUAAACAUAUUAAAUAAUAUUAUAGUUUCUAUGGUAUAAUAUGAUAUUAUAAUAUACAUUCACAGAAUUAAAAUAAGACUGAACUACAUAUUUUAUGGGUGCUGGAAUGAAAUUUGGUGAUAUUGAUAAUACUAAAGUUCCUAAUUUAGCCUUGAAUAAAAUAUUAUGUCAUAAUAUAACAUUGGUAGUUUUGUUUACAUUCCAAUUCGUAAAUUCCAACUACUUCGGGAAUCCAUAUGCACCAAAUUCAAAGUUGUAAGCUUAAUUAAAACAUAUUAUGUAAUAAUAUGAUAAUCAAAGUUUAAAAAAUGAUAUCUAAAUUUAGAUAUUUUUAAA